AUGCUCGGCCUCUCGGUGGUGUUCGCGCUGGUGGCGCCCGUCCACGGCCAGGGCUGCAAGCACUUCUACGGCGUCGCCACCACCGUCUACUCCAUCUGCAUGUACGCUUCCGCCCUCUCCAUCAUGAGGCCGGAGAUCAAGACGAAGAGCAUGGAGUACAUGCCGUUCCUGCUGUCGCUGGGGGGUUUUCCUAGGCAGCACGUCCUGGUUCAUCUACGAUCCCGAACGGGUGUGGGAGCCUGGGAGGGCUUCCUGGGCAACGGCAUGGACAUGGUCUCCCCUUGUAGCAGCCCCUACAACAGCCUCAUCUACGGCUACUCCAAGCCCUUCGAGGUUGACCCGAACGGGAUGAUACGCGCGAUGGCUACCCUGCUGCGCGGCAGGAUCACCAUGCCCGGCCAGGCCAGUUCAUGA